UCCAUCCAUACCUUACCUACCUUUCGUUACCAUACCGAGCAUACCUUACCUACAGGAGAGGAGAGGAGCACUGCACAAUGCACAUCCCUGACAGGCAUGCACACCACAUCACUUAUCCCUACGCCUCUGCUCUAGCUGGCCGGCUGGCCUGGCUGGCGUGCUUGGGGCCCCAUAAGUAUCUCGAGAUCCCGCGUCCGUCGCGGAACUACUGGCAUUGAUAGAACAAACCCCCACUGUCAGUGUCAACCUCACUGCAUCACUGCACCUGGCUGCCAUUUACUCACCUCACCUCACCUCACCUCACCUCACCUCACCUUACCUCACUUCACUUCACUUCAUGUCACUCGGCCUUCCACCGCAGCAGUAAACUUCCAGGACGUCAAACCUUACCUGACGCUCCACCUCAUCUUUCUCCACAACCAUAACCCUCCCCUCCUGGAUUCUCCACGAUUCGCAAUUAGCUUCCGCGUGCAACGUGCGCCGCCCCUCGAUACGGCAUCACCGUGCUGCCAACGCGAGAACCACCGUCUGCCCAUUCAUCUUUUAUUGCGCUGAGCAGGUUGUUCGGCAUGACUGAUUACCGAUUCAUUCGUACUGCCGAUUAGAAGUCGCUCGUUGUUCCGCUUCGUAUUUCUACGCAAGUGUCCGUCCAACCUAAGUAGAUAUCACUUCUUGUGAGCAGAAUAGUAUGUGAUCUGCGCGUCCGCCAGUGCGCCGCAGAAAGGUCGAUGUGAACUUCAAGCCAGAAUUAGAUACACUUCCACAGGCAACCUCCGACUGGCUUGGGAAUAUGACUUCAGUAUUGGCAGCUCAACCUCUCUCGUUUCCGACGAACAACGUCAUGACUCAAAUGGACGACCCCGGAAGGGCUCAGGCGCGUAAUCCUUCCCAGCACGAGAAGGCCAAGACUGCAGGUGAAGACAAAGUCCGUGGUCGGGGAAGAAGUCGUCAGGACAAGGACAAAGAAGGUAGCGCAGACGGGUCACCAGGGGAAGUUGCAGAUGGGCACUCGUCUGGAACCGAUGGCCCCUCACGGAAACGCCGGAGGAGCCGUAAAGGCCUUGAUAAGAAAUUCGAAUGUCCCCAAGAAGGCUGUGGGAAGAGUUAUUCAAGAGCCGAGCAUCUGUAUCGCCAUCAACUGAAUCAUACGCCCAAACAGAUAUAUAAUUGUGAUUUCCCUGAUUGCCUCCGUACAUUUGUUCGCCAGGACUUAUGCAACCGCCACAAAGACAGACACACUGCUAAGGGAUCCCAAUUGCAUCGAAAAGACUCUAUGCUUGGGCACGCCCAUGCUUCUUCACCAGGGACAGAAUCGGGCAGACCGGUGUCUAAUCACGGUUCUAAUUCUCCUGAGAUCAUGAGACCAAACCUCUCAGGAAUCAAGUCACGGGCCACCCAGAUCCAGUACCAGUCACCACAGGAACAAAAUCCUAGCUCUUAUUCACCAGCUACCAACCCCUCUUCUGGGACUUACUCUGGCGCUGCUUCCUCUAACGGAGCCGACAACUUUCAAGGGGGGGGGGUUAAGAGAUCAAAUAGCGACAGCCUCCCUCGGAACGAGACUCCAAACAUGACUCCAGGAGGGAGAACUCAACGCCAUGCAAGCUUUGGAAUUUCUGAUUCAAAGUCUGUUGAUUUCUCGAGACCACAUCUGCAAAGCAGUGUAGGCCCGUAUGGACUGUUGUCUUCUGCUCCAGGCAACUCAAAUUUUCGGCAUAGUCAAUCAAGUCCACAGCCGUACGUGAGCCAACAAAAUUUCACGCCCUUUACAUUACCUCCUCCAGGGUUCUCUACUGCGCCAACCGCUAUUUCGUCAACACGCGAGUCAGACCCAUCCUACCCGACUUCAAUGUCAACAGAUUAUCCAAGCGAAACUACUCAUCACUCCCAGUCUGGUCCGGAUAUGAUGCUGCUAGAUCAAAUGGCAGUGCCUAAUACAAUGCCUGUAUUCGGUGGUGAGGGCUACAAUCGAUCACCGUUUGCGAUUCCCGAAGAUUUUGUUGCAUACCUGUUCAGCGGUCAGCAAAUGGAGAACUCUUCACCAAUGGGUCAGAUGGGACAGCAGGGUUACGCGAACUAUCCCGACUCUCAAAAUCAGUACUUCGCACAAUUCUAUCCUAAUGACAUCAAUCUUGGUGGCUUUUUCCCGACUAAUCAGCAAUCUCAUCAUCCUAUGGCCGUGACUAGCUUGCUCGACACUACUCUGCCAGAGACUAUCCUAUCGGAAGAGAAGAGCCAGCAAAUAGUGGACCUGAUCAAGGAACGCUUCAACGAAACCGAUCACGCGCCAGUUGCAAGGCAGAAGGAAGCACUGUUGGAAGGUGACCGCAGCGAUGACAAUCAUCUCCUAAGCCGUAAAAUGAUGCAAACCUACAUCGGUAGCUAUUGGUAUCACUUCAGUGAGCAAGUACCUAUUUUGCACAAGCCUACCUUCUCUCCGGACAAGACUCCAAAUCUUCUCUUGAUAGCUAUGAUGGCCAUCGGAGCAUCCUGUCUCGAUAAGGUUCAUGGCUACGACGUGACCCAAGCAGGCGCUGAGCUUUCCAACUUCUUAGCCUGGCAUUUGAGGUGGGAAAUUUUUAGCGAUUAUCACUUCCGACCUCCGGCGAAGCUGUGGGUUUUCCAAGCCCUUCUACUUUUGGAGCUGUAUGAGAAGAUGUAUUCGACCAGAGCGUUGCACGAAAGAGCCCAUAUUCAUCAUGCUACCACCAUAACGCUGAUGCGCCGUGGCAGCUCUCUCAUUGGAAGGUCGGCUUUGGACUCGCCUCCUAGCAUUCGGGAUGACAAGCAGGGACAGAACGGGUCUCGGCAGUCCUCCACUUCCGGGGCGAAUACACCUGAUGAAUGGUGGAACCAUUGGAUCACGAACGAGGCAACGCGACGAGCUGCAUUUGCCGCGUUCGUCAUUGACUCGACUCACGCUACCAUGUUUGGUCACUCAACAGUCAUGGUUGCUCAUGAAAUGCGGCUUCCGCUCCCAUGCGACGAAGCAUUAUGGUCUGCUACAAACAGUGCAGAAGUCGGCAGAAUCGAAGCUAGUCUCCAGGCCAAUGGUGUCAAGCCAAUCUCGUUUUUGGAAGGUCUCAAAAGAACUCUCAAUGCCCAGGAAGUUCGUACAAACUCGUUUGGCAGGACCAUUCUUAUGGCUGGUCUCCUCAGCGUUAGCUGGCACAUGAACCAGCGUGAUCUCCAAGUAAAUUCCCUCGGCGUUUCACAAGCCCUUGGUGGGAGAGACAAAUGGAGAGGCUCGCUUACCAGAGCUUUUGACUUAUGGAUGGCAGAUUUCGACAGGUCUUUGGGCCGAAAUUCCGAUACGAUUCCUGGCCCGUACAUAUAUACUGAUAAGAAGGAGGACAAUGUGGUAUUCCAGGGAAGAACCGUACUCCACCACUUAGCCCAUAUGGCUAUGCACGUUGAUAUUGUCGAUUGCCAGAUUUUUGCCAGAGCCAAGCGCUUACUGGGCCGUACCAUCGGCUCUCAGGAUCUGAACAGCGCUCAGCGUCGCAUGAAAGAUACGUGGGCUCCUACAGCCAAAGCGCGAGAUGCCACCUGGUACGCUCUACGAUUUCUGUGCACGGUUCUCCUACCAGAAGAAUCUGCUUCAUCCACCGUCCGCGGUGGCUACAAGGAUCCGCCAUUUGACUAUUCCGCUCGCGAUGAUGUGCUGCUCAAUAGACCGUGGGUCAUGUAUUUCGCCGCUCUGAUUGUUUGGUCCUACGGCUUUGCAUUAGAAGGCCCCUCGACAGCGCCUAUUCCAGCCGCAUACGACUUCGAGGGUCAGGUCAGUGACAUGCGAGCAUACCUCCGGAAACUCAGUAGUGUCCCAUCACCAGAGGAGCUCAAAUCUCUGCGAGGUUUCAACGGCUGCAGUGGCAUGUUGAUGGUCCUCCGCACGGUAUUCGAGAAGACGAGAUGGGAGCUUCUUCACGAAGCAGCACUCCUCCUUAACAACUGCAUCUCCCUCAUUGGGGGACAGUCUUGA